UCCGAAGAUGAAUAUCAAAAUGCCGGAAUUUGAUGUGAAGAAGUUUGUAAAAGGUGCUGGUUCUACGCUGUCGCGAGUAGUACAGCUAACCGAAGAGAAGCUUGGCACGUCGGAGAAAACGGAGAUGGAUGCCCGCUUCGAGCAUCUGAGCGAACGUUCCGAUUCAGCGAAACUGUGGACGGAAAAGAUUAUGCGUGAUACGGAGGCAGCGCUCAUACCGAAUCCGGCCAAUCGAAUGGAAGACUUCAUAUUUGAAAAGAUCGAAAAACAAAAACCCAAACGUUUGAGCAACCUGGAGUAUCUGGGGCUGGAUAUGAUCGAGGGUGGCGGUGAGUUUGGACAGGAUGGUCCGUACGGCAGUGCAUUGAUCAAGGUUGGCCAGGCAGAACAGAAGCUCGGGUCGUGCGAACGUGAUUUCAUCGGUUCUGCUGGAAUGUAUUACAUUCAGCCGUUGAAAAAAUUCUUAGAAGGUGAAAUGAAAACCAUCACCAAAGAGAAGGGCGUACUGGAGAGUAAACGCUUGGAUUUGGACGCAUGCAAAAAUCGGGUCCGCAAAGCGCGCAGCAUGAUUGGCCAGCAAGCGAAGGAUGGAAUAUCGCCAGAAGUGACAUUAGAACAGGCCGAACGUGAUCUACGAGUGGCACAGUCCGAGUUUGACCGUCAGGCUGAAAUAACGAAGCUGCUGCUUGAAGGAAUCAGCACCACUCAGGCUACCCACCUGCGCUAUUUGCACUCGUUUGUUGAGGCGCAGGUGCGAUAUUACGGCCAGUGCAAUAAAAUCAUGUCCGACCUGCAGCGGGAGCUAGUCAGCAUGCGUCCUCCAACGCCACGAUUAAGAGUAAACAGUGAGGAUGUUGAUCUAACGUGUGGACCGCCCUACUUAAGCAAAUUCCAAACACAAGACAGCUCACAACACUACCAACAGACAAUAACGUUGCAUCCCGCCGCCCUGGCGGCAUCAUCCGGCGGGAAGUCGCCCCUUAGCAUAACGCCCGAAACCUUCCCUAUCGUGGAUGACAGUGUCAUAGCGGCCCUUGUUGCCGACAGUGAUCCGAAUGACAUAUCCGUGCUUUAAGUUUCUUUCUUGGUGGCCCGCAGCCGUACGUUCCGGUGUCUGGUUACGAGGAGGAUGAUGCACUUGCCGGGAGGGUAAACAACAUUGAGUUGGGCGCUAAUUCUGGUGGAUACCGGCG